AUGGCCGAAAACGUUUGUGACUCAGGCCGUAGCACUCCAGCUCAUCAUACAGACAUGUUCCACGAGCCUCACCGCCAAUUGGGCGACAGAUACCUCCGUCUCGAGAAGGACGACGGGUACGGCAGCCAGAGUCCCUUCUCUGACGUAGACUGCCAUAAACCCGACUGCGUCCAUGACAAAGAGGAUGUUGCGCUCUUGAGCCGUCAGAGCGUAGUGAGCUCGAGGAUGCUGGAGCAACCGGAGAAGAGGAAUAUCUUGACGAGUCCUGUGGAGAGCUCAGUCUACUCUCCUGUUUCGACCACGGGGUUUGACUACGGAAAAGAGAGUGUAGAGACCGCUGGCAGUACCGUCGUUUACGGUAACGACGAACUUGCCGAGUUAGGUAUCGAUUCCGCUGUUACGAACGCUUGUGGGAUUUCCUGUGCGUUUUGGGAUAUCGGGACCGGACGCGGUCUUGGUGGGGUGAAUGUGGUGUUGGAGCAUCACCUCAUCGGGAACUUUGAGAAAGAAGAACCGGAGGGGUGGGAGGAAGUUGCGAGGUCUAUGUCGGCGGCGGGAAAGGGAAUUGCUUUUGAUUGGAGGAAACCGGAGGGGACAAUGUUUAAUCUCCAGCAGUGGUUCAAGGACGCGAAAAUCGAUACCGGGGAGAGAUUCAGGUUGUGCAUCGAUUUGGGUAGGUGCUACCAGCAUCCGGUUAUCAAGGGUGUCACAGCAGAGAUGAAACUCCCGAAUAGCCGAAUGGACCAGAAUCUGAGGUUUAUGGUUGGUCCGUGUUCGGUUACGUUACUUGGUGGACAUACGUUUGGGGUUGAGCAGAGAAGUGUUACGCCGUUUCCGUUGGGGAAAAAUGAGAAGGAGGCGAAUUGUCAUGUUAGUGCCGAGGUUGUUGACAUGUGUGCGGGGUCUGGUGCUGGAGGCUAUCACGUAUCUCUGUCCUACAUGGGCGACGGACAAGGCACUGAAGGGAACGAAGUUGUGGCAUAUGCCUCUGCAAUCACGGAAGCGACAACCGGCAAAGUCGCACACUGGGAUAUGCGCGGACCAGCAGAAGAAGCUUUCAAUCAACCAGGAACAUAUCGUCUCGGAAUCCACCCCGACUUUGACCGUUUUGGAGUGUCCUCCUUCUGGGAGCAUGUCUCGGCGGACAUGGCUGUACACGACCCCUCAAUCAAGCGUAAUGCGGUGUUUACUAUGGGACCGAGUAUGUGUGGGGUGUUUGUGCAAUCGCAGUAA